AUGAUGUGGCAACCAAGUGUAUUAAUCUUGACAGUACUUCUAACGCAAGCUUAUGCAGCUCCACAGUUUAUUACCUUCAAAGAAGGUAAAUUGGGAGUGAACUUUGGCGGAUACCAUGCGGCGGUAGGCCUGGGAGGAUUAUUAGGUGGUAACGGAGGAGCAGAAGGCGGUCUUUUUGCUGAAGCAGGCACACCACACGGCCAGGCUGCAAGGGCUGGAUUAGGAGGAUCAGUGGGCGGAAAUGGCGGACCUUCUGGUGGAUUAUAUGCCGAUGCUACUGCUGGUGGUAACGUCAAAGCGGCAGCUGGCCUUGGAGGUGAAGUAAACGCCGAAAGAUCUUCAGGCGGAGGCUUCGCUUCAGCUUCAUCCGGAGGCCAUUAUGCUUCUUCUGCCCUGGUUGGUGCUACAGGAGCUGGAGAGAUAGAAGUUGAAGCAGCCCCCGUGGUUAAAUCAGCACACAAGAAAGUUUACACUGAAGUAAAUCUUGAUGCUAGUAAUGAAAUUGUACCUGUUGCAAAAGGUGACCUAGAAGCAAAUUUAGCAGUAAAAGCUGAAUCUCAACCGGCUGUUGUUGUGAAAGAAGUUUACGUUGAGCCUCCACCACCACAAGUGAUUGAGAAAACUAUCAUUCGUGCUCACAAACCUCAUCGCCAUCAUUUUAGAAAGACAGCCUAUAUUGGUGGCUACAUUGGUGCCAAUGCUGACGCCGCUGUGGCGCAGCCAACUGUAGUAAAAACUAUUCAGCCUAUUGAAAGAAGAUCUGAUGUGGGACUUGAAGGAGAAGUAUAUGCCGGUGCAGGUGCAAACGGAAAUGUGAAUGCACAUCAUGACACUUCUGGCGAAGUUACUUAUACAAAAAGAGUAACUGUACAGAAAAACCCUACAUUCUUUCAGGAUAUUUUUAAUAUUCCGAUUGCUACAUUGAAAGCUGUUAAUAGUUUUUUAACUAAUGCUGCUGGAAGUACAAGUGUAUCUGUACAAAAAUCGGCUUCAGUUCGUGCAGAAUCAGAUUUAGAAUCAUCGAAGCAUGUGCCUGCAUCAAAUUCAGUAGCAUCUUCAUCGGAAGCACAUGUAUCGGUAAAGACACCAAGUGCUACCAAAUUUAUUGACGACAUAUUUUCUAUACCUAUUAACACUCUGUCAGCAGUAAACACAUUUUUGGAAAAUAAUGCAGCAAGAAAGCAAGUACAGAUAAACGGCGAGGUAUCUAAUCAACCAACUAAAAUUAGGCUUGGACCACACGCAAGGCGGAGGGCCAACAAGCAAGUAAUAAUUGUACAAGAACCUGCAAAAGCAGACCCAGCAUCAGAAACAGAGUCACAAUAA